CAGUCAAGUCGAAACAGACCAGAAUUCACCACAGGAUCAUUCAUUUCAGAUUGCGUUGCGUAUAUUCGAUUGAGUGUGGUAUUUUUGUAUAAGCCACAAGGAAUUAAAAUGCAAGGCUUGAGUUUCCAGAGCUUGAAGAAGCAUAAAGCGUUGAUCCCGCUUUAUGUGUGCACGGGUGUUGGCGCCAUGGGGGCUGUGUUCUACCUGUUACGUUUAGCCACGCGCUCCCCCGAUGUUACCUGGAACCGCAAGACCAAUCCUGAGCCCUGGCAAGAGUAUAGAAAUAAGCAGUAUAAGUUCUACUCUCCAAACAUUGACUACUCCAAGGAAGAGUCUCCGGCUCCUAAAUUUUAAGUUACAUUGUUUGUUACUAAUGAAAAGUGCUGUAAAACAUUAGAUGGUUUUAUUUAAUUUAUAGUUAUAAUGUGAUAUCCAA